UUCUUCCGGUCCACAAAAACAUGGCGCCCCCAGUCCCGCUGUUAGCAGUGCGAGGUUCAGAUGGUACCUCUCUGCUCCAUGGACCUCCACAGUGUGAGGAGCAUGCAGCUUUCCCAAGGGACUCUCGGCCCAGCAGGUGUGUCACCUUCAGCAGAGACGGAACGCUGUUUGGCUGGUGCAACGGACACAGUGUCUCUGUGGUGAAGUCCUCAGACGGCUCCAUCGUGUCGACCUUUGACCUCCCAAAGACAGCUCUGCUGGAGUUUUCUCCUCUCAACAGGGUCCUGGUCACCUGGCAGCCGUACAGAACGAGUCAGGACAAUCCUCAGGGUGAAGCGAACCUCCAGCUGUGGGAUUUACAGAGCGGUCAGCUGAUCAAAGCUCUGUAUCAGAAGAAGGUCGAGUCCUGGUGUCCCAGCUGGUCCGACGAUGAGAAGAUCUCUGUGAGGAGCGUCAGCAAUGAACUGCACUUCUUUGAGGACAAUGACUUCAGCACCAUUGCCAACAAGCUUCACAUCCAGAAAGUUUCAGACUUUGCAUUGUCACCUGGAGGUCAGCCCAGCAAGUUAGCCGUCUACGUCCCGGGCAGUAAAGGAGCCCCUUCGUUUGUUCGGCUGUACCAGUACCCGGUGUUGGGAGGACCGACUGCAGCACUCGCCAACAAGAGCUUCUUCAAGGCAGACAAAGUCACUAUGCAGUGGAACAAGAAAGCCUCAGCGGUUCUGGUAACAGCGAGUACCGAGGUGGAUAAAACCGGCGCUUCGUAUUAUGGCGAGCAGACGUUGCAUUACCUUGCUGUUAAUGGAGAGACCGCUCUGGUUCAGCUGUCGAAGAACGGUCCGAUUUACGACGUGGUGUGGAGUCCCAACUCUGCAGAGUUCUGCGUGGUUUACGGCUUCAUGCCGGCCAAGGCCACCGUUUUCAACCUCAAAUGUGACCCUGUGUUCGACUUUGGAACCGGACCAAGGAACGCCGCCUACUACAGUCCUCAGGGCCACAUACUGGUCCUGGCCGGCUUCGGGAACCUGCGGGGCCAGAUGGAGGUCUGGGACGUGAAGAAGUACAAACAGGUGUCCAAACCUCAAGCUCCAGACGCCACACAUUUCUCCUGGUGUCCUGAUGGCGAACACAUUGUCACGGCGACCUGUUCUCCUCGACUGCGGGUCGGUAACGGUUAUAAGAUCUGGCACUACACCGGCUCCGUGCUGCAUAAAUGGGACGUGGCGGCCGGGUCAGAUCUGUGGGAGGUUCGCUGGCAGCUGUUCCCUGAAGGCACCUUCCCUGAGCGGGCCGUGAAGUACCAGGCAGCACCCAGUGAGCUGGGGACCACGCAGGCAGCGCCCACACAGGCGUACCGCCCACCUGCACUGAGACACCUGCCGGCCACACCGAGUGCCAAACUGCAUGAGGAGGAGCCCCCUCAGAACAUGCGUCCAGGUGUUCCAGGGGAGAAGAGUCUUUCUAAAUCGGCUGCGAAGAACCAGAGAAAACGAGAAGCGAAGAAAGCAGCUAGACAGGAAUCAAAGUCUGAACCUGAACCUCCGUCUGAUCCCGCCCCGGUCACCAACAGCCAAUCAGAGCCGACCAGCGGUGACCCAGAGACGGACAAGAAGAUAAAGAAUUUAAAGAAGAAACUUAAAGCCAUCGAGGAGCUGAAGGAGCAGCAGGCGUCUGGAAAAGUCCUGCAGAAGAACCAGCUGGAGAAGAUCCAGAAGGAGGACCAGCUGCUGAAGGAGCUGGAGGAGCUGCAGAUCGGACACUAGGGGGCACUGCAGGAGCUACAGGCCACGCCUCCAAAUCCCACAAUCCAUCACUCUCUCGCACAAACACAGAGGGGGGGUCGGUGUGUGAGUGUUGGACUUGAACACACAGAAGGCUGCAUUUGUUUCUCAACUUUACUGCUGAAAUAUUUUAGGUUUCCUCAGUUUCCUCCACAUGACACACCUGAGGACAGGUGAAGGGGUGUGGUUUUUCAAAUGGGCAUGGUCAUGGUUGACAUGCCCCCCAACAAUUGUGAACUGACAAAAUAGUUAGAUUUCUGUUUUCAUGCAUUUGCCUGUAAUAAAUUCUUACCAACUAUACUUUAAACUUUAAAACAGUGGCAAGCGUGUGUGUGUGUUAGACACAUUAAAUUUAAAGCAGCCCACUGAACACUGUUGCUGUGCAACAUCUGUACAAAUGCUGAAGCUUUUCACAGUGUUCCUUUCAAAAUAAAAGCCACCUCUCUGUUCAGCUGGUCAGCAGAGGUUUCAGAUCAAA